UUGUGACACUCUUCAAAUCCGACAGAGAUAAACCUCAGUAGUGUCUCUUCUCAGUUUCCUUCUCUCAUCUGAAGCGCACUGUGCGCUGAUCAGACAUGCGCGUCCUCUCUAAUGCAUCUGAACUCUCUUUAUAACAUCUCCAGGCAGUACAACAGUUAGUUUGCUGUUUAUUUUAAUAGCUUUCGCGAUGGCUGAAGAAGACAGUGCGAUCAGUCGGGGUUUACCCUGUAAUACCGAGGGUAGUAACUUUAGUGUGUUGAGCUGGGAGCAGGUCCAGCGUCUGGAUCUCAUACUGACCGAGAGCAUCCCGAUCCACGGCAGAGGAAACUUCCCCACGCUGCAGAUGAAGCCGCGGCAGAUCGUGACGGCCGUGCGGAGCCGCAUGCAGGAGCAGCGCAUCCAUGUGCGGGAUGUGCGGCUCAACGGAUCCGCCGCCAGCCACGUCCUGCAUGAGGACAGCGGGCUCGGCUAUAAAGACCUGGACCUCAUAUUCUGCGUGGACCUGAAGGGAGAGACCGAGUUUCAGAUCGUUAAGGACAUUGUGCUGGACUGUCUUUUGGACUUUUUACCCGAGGGGGUCAACAAGGAGAAAAUUACACCGUUGACCCUAAAGGAAGCAUAUGUGCAGAAGAUGGUGAAAGUAUGCAAUGAUUCUGACCGCUGGAGUCUCAUCUCCCUCUCCAACAACAGGGGCAAAAACGUGGAGCUCAAAUUCGUGGACUCCUUGCGUAGACAGUUUGAGUUCAGCGUUGACUCGUUCCAGAUUAAACUAGACUCUCUGCUUCUUUUCUACGAGUGCUCAGAAAAUCCAAUGGCUAAAACCUUCCACCCCACGAUCAUUGGUGAGAGCGUGUACGGAGAUUUUGCCUUGGCUCUGGACCACCUGCGCAACAAGGUGAUCUGCACGAGGAACCCAGAGGAGAUCCGUGGAGGUGGUCUCCUGAAGUACUGCCAUCUUCUGGUGAGGGGCUUCCAAGCCGCAUCAGAGUCGGAGAUGAAGUCUCUUCAGCGCUACAUGUGCUCGCGCUUCUUCAUUGACUUCUCUGACAUCAGCGAGCAGCAGCGGAAGCUGGAGUCGUACCUCCAGAACCACUUUGUGGGUUUAGAGGACCGCAAGUAUGAUUAUCUAAUGACACUUCACGGGGUGGUGAAUGAGAGUACGGUGUGUCUGAUGGGACACGAGAGGCGGCAGACGUUAGGGUUGAUCGCCAUGCUGGCAGUGAGUGUGCUGGCUGAGCAGAACGUCAUACCCAACGUGGCAAACGUCACCUGCUAUUACCAGCCUGCCCCGUAUGUAGCAGAUGGUAACUUUAGCAAUUAUUACAUUGCCCAAGUUCAGCCAGUAUUUACCUGCCAUCAACAAACCUACUCCACAUGGCUACCGUGCAAUUAAGCGGCCAGCCCAGAUAUAGACCAGAGAUAGUGAAAAUGCAUUAUCAUUGCAUUAUCAAAAAGGAUCUGAACCUGUUUCGCAAUUUACCCUGAGUAUUACAGUGCAGCCAAAGAGGCUGUUCACUUCCCCUAUUUGAACUGUAACUGCAUUGAUGAUCUGUGGUCAGUGUAAAACAGCUCUGGUGAGGUUUACCUUUCUGCUGCAGGCAGGGGUUCUUAUCUGAAGUAUUUUGGCCAUAAAUAACAGCCUAUUUUACAGAACUUUGGAGAGCUACUUCUGCACUGCCUUUGCCUAAUAAUUGGGUGAUCGUGUGGCUUAAAACUUACCAGCAGAUGUUAAGCAACUUCUAUAAAAUGCCGCUUGACACUGUCACAAACAUUCACUGUAAGUCAUUAGAUGCAGUAAAAGCACCCAUCUUGAUUAGGUGCACCCUUUAGUCCAAACGAAAGCAGACAUGUUGCAAAAAACCUAUUACAAACAAUUUCUGAAUGCUGUCAGUCUAGAUAAGGGAAAAAAAUCAAUUGAAUAGUUUAUCCCAAAAACGAAACUUAUGUCAACAUUUACUCACCUUCAUGCCUUUUAAAAUCUAUAUAAUAUGGAACAUAAAAGGAGUUAUUUACCGUUGAAUGUCCAAGUCGACCUUUUCCAUAUGAAAGAGAAUGGUGAUUUUCAGUCAGUAACAACUUAGAUUUCAGUAUGUUCAUCACACAAAACUAUCAUAUGGCUUCAGAAGACUUGGUAUAUAGUGUGUGAGUUGUUUGGAGUACUUUUACGGUACUUUUUGGAACUUGACUGCCCCUGGUUCCCUUGCCUUUAUUAUAUGGAACAAAACAGUGUGAUCAAAAAAGGUAAAAAAUUAAAUAAAAAAUAAAUAAAUAAAAAGUGGGUUUGGACUGACAUGACAGUAAGUAAAUGAUGACAAAUUUUCAUUUUUUUUUCUAUUUAAGUCAGAUACUACAACAAUUGCAGUUUUUACAAACCAAAGAUUUUAAGAUUGUAUCUUUUAUACCCAGAUUUGACAGUAAAAUUAUGUGAUUGUGCUGUCUAUAUUUGUACAUGUAAAUGUAUUCCAAGUGCCUAAUGUCAAUGCAGUAUGGUGAGGAGCAAAAAAAAAUAAAUAAAAUAAAAUAAAAAUAAAAAUAAAAAUAAAAAUAAAAUACAUAAUCAUGAUACAAGACAAAAGGGGUUAAAGCUUGUGAAUGUAUAUGAUGUGUCCUGAUUAAAAACCAAUGUAAGUGUCA